AUGUCGGCCUCCGCAUCGCUCUCCAUCAGCGCCCGCGCGACGCGCACGUCGAGGACUCGCCGAGCGACGACGCGCGCGUCCCGUUCCGUCGUCGUCCGGGCGGCGGAUUACGCGCCGAAGAAUGCGUUCUUCUUCCCGGGACAAGGGGCGCAGAAGGUGGGCAUGGCGAAGGAGCUGUGCGAGGAGUGUCCGGCGGCGAAGGCGAUGUUCGACAAGGCGUCUGAGGUGCUCGGGUACGAUUUGCUCGACGUGUGCGUGAACGGCCCGGCGGAAAAGUUGAACUCCACCGCGGUGUCGCAGCCGGCGAUUUACGUCUCUUCGCUCGCCGCACUGGAGAAGAUGAAGAUGACGCCGGAGGGUAAGGCUGCGAUCGAUGCCGUCGACGUCGUCGCGGGUCUCUCUCUGGGCGAGUACACGGCUUUGACGUUCGCCGACGCGCUCUCGUUCGAGGACGGCUUGAAGCUCGUGAAGAUUCGCGGUGAGUCCAUGCAAGCCGCCGCCGACGCCACGCCGUCCGGCAUGGCGUCCGUCAUCGGGUUGUCCGCUGAAAAGGCUGAAGAGCUCGCCGCGCGCGCGGCGGAACUCUCCGGCGAGCCGUGCUCCGUCGCGAACUAUUUGUGCAACGGCAACUACGCGCUCUCCGGCGCCAUCCCGGCCAUCGAUAAGGCUGAGGAGAUCGCCAAGCCCGAGUUCAAGGCGCGCAUGCUCGUGCGCCUCGCCGUUGCCGGUGCGUUCCACACCGAUUUCAUGGCCCCGGCGGCUGAACAACUCAAGGCUGCCCUCGACGCGACGGACAUGAAGGAACCGCGCAUCCCGGUUGUCUCCAACGUCGACGUCAAGCCGCACACCGACGCCGCGAGCAUUCGCACCACGUUGGCCAAGCAGCUCACGAACCCGGUGCAGUGGGAAACCACGAUGACGACGCUUCUUGGCAAGGGCUUGGAGGCCGCCACCGAGGUCGGUCCGGGUGCGGUGAUUAGCGGCAUCAUGAAGCGCGUCGAUAAGUCGUUCAAGUGUGAAAACUUCACCGUGUAA